GUUAACAUACAAAACCAGUAACAAAAAUGAGUCAUCAAUCAACCCUUAAAAAUCCAUCACCUUGGCUAGUAUUAGGUUGCAUUACCUUACUUCAAUCCGUAAAUGGUGCUCGUUUUUCGAUUUUCUCGACAUGUUCAUCACCGCCGUAUAAAACUUGUCAAUUCUCUCAUAGUCAGAUCAAAUUCUUAAUUGUUGCAUUAGAAACAGGAAAGAUUUUCGGGCCCCUGGCGGGUCCUGUCGCAAAUUACGUUCCUGCAUCAAUAAUUUUAAUCGUCGGUCUUAUCUUCGGAUCAGUAGGUUAUGGAGUUCAAUAUCUUUCCAUAUCAAAUAAAAUCAACUCUUUAUCUUAUUGGCAAUUUUUAUUACUAAAUGUUCUUGCAGGAAAUAGUACUUGUUGGAUUAGUAGUUAUUGCUAUGUUUUAGCUAUCAGAAAUUUCAAGAAUUGUCACCGACCUUUAAUUGCAAUUACAUCGAGUUAUUCGGGGUUUUCCGGAAAAAUAUUCACUAUCUUAGCCGAAGGUAUUCAAGGACGGAAAAAUAUUUCUCGAAAUUCAAAUGUUUAUCUCAAGUUAAUUUUUCUUGGUCCGGCUAUAGUCGGACUAAUAGCCGCAACCAUAAGCUAUAGUGUUAAGUCGAAGCAAUAUUUGAGUAUAGAUAUGCCUCUAUUCGCCAUCAUGGUAGCUUUUGCGACAGGAUUAUACAUAGUUAUCGAAUGUAUCGUUCUCAAAUAUUCGACACACGUUUCGUUGCAUUUACGUGCAACGAGCUUAGUACUAGUGCUCAUGUUACCGUUCGUAAUAGCAGUAUUGGCUAUGGUGAUUAAAAUACAAAAAUGUAGCUCUAGGAAGCCGCCCGAGUUGUCGGAUAAUGAGUGGAAUGAUCAAUCGACACGAGUUGAACAUUACGAGAUUGAGAUCGACGACGAAAAGGGUGAUAGUGAUGAAAAUGAAAAUAAGAGUAUUAAUGAAGUGAGUUUGAAUAGGUUAAUGAAUAAUGUAGAUUUCUGGUUGUUUUAUUUGGUGAAUGCAUGUGGUGUUACACUUGGAAUGCUUUAUAUGAUUAAUUUGGAAAUUAUUUUCAAAUCUUUAAGCAGUGAUAAAGAAUCAUUUCUGAUGGAGAUUUCUUCUUCAUUCAUCUUCUUUGGAAAGAUCUUCUCUGUGAUGUUCGACUGGUUUUCAAGGAAAAAAUUAAUCAUAUCAAAUCCAGCAAUGACAGUACUUGUACUGCUACCGAUGCCAAUAGCAUUUUUCCUGCUGAUAAAUAACAACAGCAGUUGCUUAUACAUCAGCACAGGAAUUUUAGGAACAUGUUCCGGAGCUUUAAAUGUCAUAACUGCAACAACAACGUACGAGCUUUUCGGUCUGAAGAAUUUUCCAGUUAAACACACCAUAGUUCUUACCAAUGUUCCUGUAAGCAUUCUUGUUUUCGGAUGCUUGCAUGCGAUUCCUGAAGGUGAUGAAAUGUGCAUUGGCUUGCACUGUUUUAGCAGAACUUUUAUGAUUUGGGGAUCCCUUUGUUUUGUGGCAACAGUUUUAAGUUUCGUUCUUCAUCUUCGUACACAGAAUUUGUAUUUGCAUAAAUCUUAGUCUUGUUGAUGAAUUUGUCAAUUUGGAAUUUUUUUUUGUAUACAAAA